UACAACCCCACGCACGGCACCAAUCCCAAAUACAACCCCAAAUACAACCCCAAAUCCCAAAUACAACCCCAUGCACGGCACCCAUCCCAGACACAGCCCCAAAUCCCAAAUACAACCCCACACACAGCACCAAUCCCAAAUACAGCACCAAUACCAACCCCACGCACGGCACCCAUCCCAGACACAGCCCCAAAUCCCACACACGGCACCGAUCCCAGACACACCCCAAAUACAACCCCACGCACGGCACCCAUCCCAGACACAGCACCAAUCCCAAACACAACCCCAGACACAGCACCAAUCCCAAAUACAACCCCAAAUCCCAAACACAGCACCAAUUCCAAAUACAGCACCAAUCCCAAACACAGCACCAAUCCCAAAUACAGCACCAACCCCAAAUACAGCACCAAUCCCAAACACAGCACCAAUCCCAAAUACAGCACCAAUCCCAAAUACAGCACCAAUCCCAAACACAGCACCAAUCUCAAAUACAGCACCAAUCCCAAUUACAGCACCAAUCCCAAAUACAGCACCAAUCCCAAAUACAACCCCACACACAGCACCAAUCCCAAAUACAGCACCAAUCCCAAAUACAACCCCACACACAGCACCAAUCCCAAAUACAAUCCCAAAUACAACCCCACGCACGGCACCAAUCCCAAAUACAACCCCAAAUACAACCCCACGCACAGCACCAAUCCCAGACACAACCCCAAAUCCCAAACACAGCACCAAUCCCAAAUACAACCCCAAAUCCCACACACGGCACCAAUCCCAAAUACAACCCCAAAUCCCAACUCCAAAUCCCAACCCCACACACGGCACCAAUCCCAGACACAGCACCAAUCCCAAAUACAGCACCAACCCCAAAUCCCAAUCCCACACACAGCACCAAUCCCAAAUACAGCACAAAUCCCAAAUACAAACACAAAUCCCAAACACAGCACCAAUCCCAAAUACAGCACCAACCCCAAAUACAACCCCAAAUCCCAAUCCCACACACAGCACCAAUCCCAAAUACAGCACAAAUCCCAAAUACAACCCCAAAUCCCAAACACAGCACCAAUCCCAAAUACAACCCCAAAUCCCAACCCCACGCAUGGCACCAAUCCCAAAUACAGCACCAACCCCAAAUCCCAACCCCACGCAUGGCACCAAUCCCAAAUACA